CGCAGACGCAUACGCGAGUGCUGCGGAAGACAGUGGAGGCUGUCAGAAGGUGAAGUGGGGAUCUGGUGCUCAUCGACUUGGAGAUCUCUUGCACUUUGCUGACUUGACGUUCACUUCUUGAGUCCAGGGGUUCUCGGCAGAGAGGGGUGUCCAUCGGCCUUCCGACAGCCGACCAUGACGACCCUCAGAGGUAGACCAGCGUGGCGGACGACUGCCGUCCAGCAGCCUGGACACUGACUGUCACAAUGCAGUGAUGGCGUGGUUGAUUGCUUGUGUGCGUGUGUGUGUGCGUGUGGUGCUUCGUUCGCUAUGGUGCCAUGUAUGUCAGGUAUGGACGAGUUAAUGGUUCGAGUGGAUCGCAUUGCCACCGAGUGCACCAAGGACGGCAAGAAGGACGCCAGCGGUGCCGGCGGGAAGCAGAAGGACGACUUUUUGGCAGCCAAGAGCGGCCUCUACCAGCUGCUCUACGAGGUUAAGGAAAACAUCCGGGAGAGGCACACGCUGCAGAGGCGGAACGGUGAGGGAGUGGGGUGGGGUGGGGGGAGGCACUUACGUAUCUACGCCCACCCUCCACCUGCCCUGCGUGGGUUGUGUUGUGUCUGUCUGGGUCAGGCAACACCUACGAGACGAUUCGGAAGGGCGCGGAGAUAUCGGAGCAGCUCAAGCAGAUCGAUGUCGACUUCAAAAAGAUCCAGGACAUCCACAAGAAGCAGCGGGGCUUUGCACGCAGACGGGUGGGUGCGGGGCGGGGCGGUCGGUGGGAGGGAGGACGCCACGCCCAGCCACACCGUGGCAGGCAAACUCAUAAAUGAGAUAUUUGUGUCUGCAGAGCCUCGGUCUGACCGACGAAGAGCUGGACAACCGGCUGUCGGACCUGAACCUGCUCAAGCAGCAGAUCGAGGAGGCCAGGACGGCCUUUCGCAACAACCGUGCCAUCAGCACUGACAAGCUGACGUCCAUGUCAGGUGCCUCCCCCCUGUCGACUCGCACCACCACCGCCGACCACGUCGUACCGCCAAGGACCAUCGGCGCACCCACUGCCAGAGAGGGAGGGGGCGAGGUGGCACUCGACAUUGCAGAGGAACGGUCAGCGAGAGGAGGAGGCGGGCGGGGAGGGAGGGAGGGAGGGUCUUUUGCAUGCUGUGAUCUCUGUGUGUGCUGUGUGUUCAUGUCAGGCGGGCGUUGGGUCUGUCAUCGCCUGGUGGUGGGGCGCGUGAGCCGACCGAGGCCGAGCGGCAGGCCAUGGACAGGUGGAAAAGGCGCGACCAAGCCAUGGUGGGUGGGAGCGGGGAAGGAAGGUGGCUGUGCGUGAGUGCAUUCCUGCAACUGUCUUGCGUGUGUGUGUUAUGUGCGGCUUUCAUCCAGGACCGUCAGCUUGACGAGAUCGGGGAGGGCGUCGAGCGCCUUGGAGACAUCGCGCAAAACAUCAACGCGGUAUGCACACCGACAGACACACAUGCACACGAUUGAUUGCAUCUCCGUGUGAGCCUUGUUUUGUUGUGCGUGUUGGCGAGCAGACGGCCGACCGCCACACGGUGAUGGCCCAGGAGAUCGCCAGGUCGGCCGACAAGGCCCACAGCAACCUCCAAACCCUGUCGCUGAAGAUGAAGAAAGUCAUGGUCAGCCCCCCUCACUCUCACUCUCACUCUCGUCUCACACACAAGCACCGUGUGUGUGCGUGUGUGUGUGUGCAGGAGACGCAACGCAACUCAACGUUCUUUUGCCGCAUUAUCUUGGUGGUGGUGCUCAUCGGGUGCGUCGGAUACAUCUACUGGGCCAUUACAAACCAAGACGGAGAUAGAUAGAUAGAUAGAUAGAUAGACAGACGGGGAGGGAGGCAGCAGGCGGCUGAAUGUCGGUCUUCAGUGAAUGCUGUUAGCUAGACCUGUGUGCGUCCGCCUGUCUGUCUGUCUGUGCCAUAGCGAUUGGUAUCCCUUUUGUGGUUUGCUGUUUGCUGUUUGUUUGUCAACCGCCCCGACUGUGGACCCACCCCACCCAUGGCCACAUACGCACAUUCAUUUAAUUAAGAUGCUGCUGCU